CCGCGAGAAAACGAAGACGACGCCAGCCAAGUUCCUGGUCCACAAAGUUAUCCUCGUUGUGUGCAGCGGUCCCUGAAGUCAGUGUCGGUUUCGUCGUCACGAUGAACGAAGUCCGAGUACUGUGGCUGCUCGCCGCAGUCUCAGUAUCGUCAGUAUGGGUACACGCAAACGACGAAUGCAUCGUCGUGACGCCAAACGUGCUGCGACUCGGGGCACAGGAGACGGUGGUGGUCAUGGUGAGCGGGCAUCGUCAACCUGUCAACAUGACGCUUGAAACCCACCCAGCCGGACGUCGUCCGUUCUUCCAGAAGACGUUCGAUGCAGUUCCAGGUUCCCCGUUGACGGCCGAAGUGUCCGUAGGGUCCGACGAUCUCACCGAACUGCAGCUGUCCAAGGAAGGCAUGGAGGUGACCCUGACGGUGCAGUGCGGAUCUCUGUGGACGCGACAGGCGCGACUCGGCGUGAGCGCCUCUUCGGCCGAUCUUCUUUUCCUGCAGACAGACAAGCCAAUCUACCAGCCGGGAACCACUGUCCUCAUCAGGUUCAUUGCCCUAAAUGGAUCACUGAAGCCAGUGUCAACGCCUUUCAAACUUGAAGUCAGGAAUCCCCAAGACGUGGUGUUGGAACAAAGAGACUUUCAUCCUGACAAAGAGCUCAUGCUCAGCCAUCAGUUCUACGUGCCCGAACAUGCUCUGCUCGGUGAAUGGAAGCUGGUCAUGCGUUACGGACACAAGUUCAUGCAAAACACCACAGCCACUUUCGUCGUGGACAAAUAUGUGCUCCCACGGUUUUCAGUGGUGUUGAAGACGGUUGACUACAUUCUGCCAGAUUUUAGCAACAUCACUGUUAAAGUUCGAGCAGGGUUUGUGAACAAGCAGAUAGUCCGUGGCUUCGUUACUUUCCGUUUCUCAGUGAAGAAUGAGGUGGGAGCCGUGGAGGAAAUUGGGACCAGCGGCAUGCCCAAGGCGCUGGAUGCAGGCGACGCCGUAUACACACUGCGACGGGAAGAUGUAGUCGACAAGCUGGGAAGGCCGAAGGUGGACGCUCUCUUUGCGGCUCGUGCUCGGCUCGUGGUCGAGGCGACGGUCAUCGAGGAAGCUACCGGAAUCCGGGAGUCUACGCGGAGCGAGCAGGCCGUCUUCUCCACCUCGCCGUACCUGGUGUCUACGGCACGCAGCGAGAAAAGCUUCAAACCGGGUUUCAAGUUUUACGUUAUGGCUGACGUUACAUACGCGAAUGGUGAGCCUGCAGCUGACGUUCAAACAAAACUGACCUGCACUGGUUGUGACAUGCCGCCGAAGACAGCUGCAACUGAUAAGGACGGUGUCGUGACUUUCUUCGUCGUUUCCAAAAUUGGCGACGCUCAAUUCAAUUUCCAGGUGGAAACAGCUGACUCGAAGUAUAGAAGUCAGCAACAAGCCCGGACUAAUUUCUUAGUGAGCCGGUACAACUCCAACGAUCAGAAAUACUUAGUCAUUGAAAGGAAGGACCCCAAGGCCUUCCUUAAGGCUGGAACAUCAUUUGAUGCGGUACUGUUUACGUCCAACGGAGUCCAACUGACGUCCGCCUACUACUUGGUUUUGGCUCGAGGCCGAGUGCUGAAGGCCGGCAAAGUCGCCGUGGAAAAUGUGGUCGACCGCCGAGUGACCUUCGCUGUGACGCCGGAAAUGACCCCGAGCUUCCGGGUCGUGGUGGUCGGCUUCCUGAAUGGACGACUCGCCACAGACGCCGUCUACGUCAACGCCGAGCCGACUUGCACCCACGACUCUGAUUUUACGUUGACCAGAACGAACCCAUACGAUCAGCCGGCACCUGGUUCAACUGAGACGCUGGUACUGAAGGGGACCCCUGGGACACGCGUCGGGCUGCUGGGAGUGGACCAGGCUGUGUACCUGCUCAGGCGAAAAGACCUUCUCACUCGAGAAAAGGUGUUUCAGUCCAUGGAAGCAAAGGACCUCGGUCGUGGCUUGGAUGCUGGCACAGCUACGUUUGACACACUGGCCAACUCGGGCGUUACGGUGCUUUCCGCCCACGGAACACGAGGCGGCGCAGGAGAUGGUCCGCGUCGCUCAAAACGGGAAGUUACCGCUAACAUCUUGGAACAGUUCGAAAACGAGACGCUCCGAAACUGCUGCUCCAGUGGCCUACUGAAGGACCCAUUCCUGCGCAGCUGUGAAGAUCGCGAGGAAGCCCUGCACAGUUACUUGGUCGCCGGCAGAGCCCUCUACUCGGAGAAGUGUGUCGAAGCAUUCGCCACGUGCUGCCAACACGUCGAAAACAAUCAAAUCAUCGGCAGAUCGAACGCCAACGACGCCGACGGGCUUGGAGACAGUGAUUUCGAUUUCGAAGGUGGUGAGCGGCAUGCAUUUAUGGAGACGUGGCUGUUCAACGAAUUGACUAUAGGUGCAGAUCCAGAGACAACCUACGAUGUGACCCUGCCCGACUCCAUCACAACCUGGGAGCUGAGUGCCGUCAGUGUUGCGCCGUCUGGUGGCAUCUGCGUCCAUGACCCGCUAGAGAUACGUGUCUUCAAGAAGUUGUUCAUCGAAGUCAACCUGCCGUACUCUGUCAUCCAGAACGAGCAGGUCGAGAUUCCGGUGACGGUGUACAACUACGACAGGGAAGACCAAAGGGUACGUGUGACAAUGCUCGGGACGAAGCACGUCUGCUCAGGGGCCAAGGAAGGAAAGCCCUCGGCAACACGCGAGAUCAACGUGCCCAGGGGUCAGGGUCGCACGGUGACGUUCCCCGUGGUGCCUCUGGCGGCUGGCGAGAGGGAAAUUCGCGUAAGAGCCACCAGCAGAUCAGCAUGGGACGCUGUUAAAGUGAAGCUCAGGGUUGAGACACCAGGCGUGCCCAAGACUGAAAGCUUUAACAUCAUCCUCGAUCCACAAAAUACGCUAAAGCGAACGGAACGACAUUCUGCUAACUUUGAACGCAGAUACAGCGAAACCAUUGCUCUCAGAGAAGGUCACCUCGUACAGAUCCCGGGAGCACACAGGUAUCCCAAGGAAGUCGUGCCGGGAUCUGAACGCUGUGAAAUCGACAUCGUUGGCAACGACAUGGGCGCUGCGCUGGAGGCAUCAAUCAAGAACCCCGAUACCUUGCUUAAAAUGCCAUCGGGCUGUGGUGAACAGACCAUGAUUGGUCUAGCGCCAACGCUGUAUGCCUACGAAUAUUUGAAAACUGCCGAUCUAAUUUCUCCCCAAGACGAGAACAGAGCACUCGACUUCAUUCGAAAAGGGUAUCAGCGUAUUCUCACUUUCCGAAAACCGGACGGAUCAUUCGCAGUGUGGACGAAUCACGCAUCCAGUUUGUGGCUCACAGCCUUCGUGGUGCGAAGCUUGUGCGAAGCGAGCAAGUCUGUUCACAUUGACGGAAACGUGCUCACCAAAGGCCUCAGCUACAUCCUAACCCAACAGCAGCAAGACGGCAGCUUCCACGACAUUUAUCGGCUACACCACGGUGAUCUCCUGGGCGGCGUCACGGGUCCACUUCCACUGACGGCGUACUCUCUGCUUACCCUUCAAGAAUGCACCAAAGAUGGUGUCGAGAUACCUCACCUGAAGGAGUCCAUGACUAAAGCUACUGUUUUCAUUGGAAGAGAGCCUUAACAGGACAAGCCUGCAUACGAAACUUCUCUAGCAGCGUACGCCCUCUCUCUCGGUGACAGUCGCGUCAAGAACGACGCACUGCUCAAGCUUCGCAGCAUUCUGCGACCAGGCCAAGAUGGCGGACUGCACGUCUCCGCUGGCAGCGAACCCCUGUCCGUGCAGGCCACUUCGUACGCGCUCAUGGCCCUGCUCGAAGCCGGUGCGAGCAGGAACGACAUCACGCCCCUUGUGCAAUGGCUGAACUUACGCAUGAACCCUAGCGGUUCCCUCCGUUCCAGUCAGGACACUGUUGUGGCGCUACAAGCACUGUCCAAGUACGCCAUCUACGCCCGCAACUCGGGCAUCGACUUGACCUGCAAGAUAACGCGCAGCAACGAUCGGAACUUCAUUCGCACCGUGCGCAUCAAGCGAGACAACGCGCAAGUGCGGAACAGGAUAGAGAUCCCGGAAUUCAAUGACCAGGUUUUUGUGAAUGUGGAAGGAUCUGGAACUGCAACCAUGUACUUCGCCACCAGUUACCACGUCCCUGUUGAUAGUGCAGACUUAUUGUGCAAGUUCGAUCUCGACAUAAAGUUCUGGCAAAACAAGGUGGACAUGCAAAAAGCGCUGCAAAGUAACGAAAAACUCCGGGAAACGUACGGAAUGAAAGUGUGUGCGAGGUCCCGGAAUGACAACGUGAAAGGCAUGGCCAUACUUGACGUCGGACUUAUGACAGGAUUUAAGCCCAUUACGGCCGACUUGGAUAAGCUCGUCAAGAACAGAAUCGUGGACAAGUAUGAGUACAGCCAAAGGAGCGUGGUGUUUUACCUCGGAACCAUUCCGGCGGACAGAGACGUAUGCGUCGAGUUCGGCCUGGACCAAGAGUUUGCCGUGGGCAAGCUGCAGUCAAGUUCUGUUAAAGCCUACGCAUACUACGAUCCUGAUAUAUUGUGCACUAAGUUCUACGCACCAAACAGCACAAGCCCUUUGCUUAAGAUCAAGUGUGACGAUCCGGGACAGUCAGAUGUUUGCAUGUGCUUGGAGGGUGGUUGUCCGCCAGAAAAUGUGCCAAAUAUGUUCAUGAAAUCUAAAGGCGAGAUUAUCCCAACACCGGAAUGCAGAGAAGAAUUGAGAUCAUACGCCUGCGAAGAAGUUGAUUUCGUGUGGCUCGGUACAGCGCGUAACACAACGCACAAGGACGGUUUCAUCAGCGCUCGAUUCACGAUCGAGAAAGUGCUAAAACCAGGCACAGAGUCGAGUGACACGCUUAACGGAAUGCAACGCGUAGUCAGAGCCCGCGAUCAUUGUGAUUCCUUCAGCAUAAAGGAUGACACCAGGUACAUCAUUAUGGGCAAGGACCCCAAGUACAAGGAGGAAGAUGACUUCGGACGUGAACACUAUGUCUAUGUGAUAGACAGCGACUCUCUCGUGAUCAACCACUCGCAGAAGAGGAGAGGUUCCAAAAGGACCAGAAAGCCAGGAAGACUCGGACAAAACGCUGCAGGAAAUGCGAACAACGAGCGUUGUGACUGGGAUAAGCUUGUCAAUUGGUUCGUUCAAGAAUUCUCCAACGAGGAUACGCGCUGCUUCACCUGAGCACUCGUUGAGUUGCCUUUUUUUUUUGUUUUGUUAAGGCUGCGUGUACAGCCAUUAGCAAAUAAACCCCCAGAAGAAAGAGAA